UUCACAUGAGAGGUCAAGCAGCGGGGAGUCGACAUGGGAGGCAGACUGUCCAAACGCAAGGAGAGGAGACAGAGAGGAAAUGUCGGGACGAAGCCAACCUCAGGGGAGAAGUGCUACGACCCAAAGGACCGCACGCUUACAUUUGUAGACGGAGAAGAUGUAUUAGACUUUUUGUAUAUCGGCUACAAGUCUCGCCGAGCGAAGAUGCCGGGCUGCGGCCACGCCGUCACUCCGAUGUCUCUGACGGAUCACUGUCGCAGGCUGCUGGACGAGGGCAAGUCUGAAUUUGUGUGUGGCCAGACUAACUGUAAUGUUGAGUGGUCCUUCGACGAGGUUUCUAAGAUGGCUCUCCUGACUCCGGAAGAAGUGGAAGAAUUUGAGAAGAAAAUAUUCAGUAACGCUGCAAAGAAUUUCUUGGACAUCAAACAAUGUCCUGGUUGCAAGUCUCGUGUGGUGAGAAAUGACCUCUCCAAUCUGAAUGUAGAGUGCUCGGUGUGCACAGCCAGCAAGAGAAGGACUUAUAGGUUCUGCUGGCGGUGUUUGAAGGAAUGGAAAGGUCGGGCUCCUCGCUCAGACCGCUGUGACAAUGACGGCUGCCCAGAUCCUUUGGAGACAUUGAAAAACUGUCCGGACAUCGUCUUCGAGAGCGUGAAGGGCAUCAACGGCUGUCCCUCCAUCCGAGCAUGUCCCACCUGUGGCAUGCUGGUGGAGCAUAACAAAAAACAGUGUAAAAGCAUGGUGUGUCCCCGGUGUAAGGUGAAAUUCUGCUUCGUGUGCCUGAAAAAGAACAAGGGCUGUCUGCAGCAAAACGCGUACAGUCUCUGCCCCGCUGGUGUGGCACCCAGACAGAAAUCUAUACCUGUGUGGAAGAGGACAUAGUCUGUUGAUUGGAUACUGUCACCUGAAAAUAUUCAACUCUUUGUCGUUUAACGUGUUCUUCAUGAUGCCGAUCAUCACAGCUGUUACCACUUAGUAAGGAAUUUUACCUCACACAAGCUUUCAGUAACACUGAAGAGCCGAAGAUGCUUUUUGCACGUUUCUGACAACAUUUGGAACAACAUGACAACAUGAGAAUUUCUUCCCUCUCAGCACAGCUGAACCAUUUGCAUCAUGAAUUUCUUGUCAUUUCGCCUCAACUUCUUCAGUGUUAUCUCACAGUACACUGUCAUUGCAAUAUCCAUAAUGUCUUUAUUAAAUCAAUCACUGUCACUUUGUUUCAGCCUAUGCUUUUUUUUUUCUUUUUACAAAUCCUUUGUUUAUAAAUGUAUACUUUUGGUUUGUAUCUUAGCUCUGUUCGGGGUGAACAGGUCCUAAUGUUGUUACCAAAGUCAAUCCAGGAAGUAUAACAAUGUGUAGCUCUUAUUAAGCUACCCUGCUUCACUUGUACUGUAGAGUUAAGAAGACAGCAAAGGAUGAAAAAACAGAUAAGUAUUAAAGUCAAACUGUAUUGGGAACUUCAGUAUGCUGCUGCACGUUAAUGAUAUUGUACAAGAAAAUGUGUUAUACUUUUCAUCCCAGACGAAUGAAUAUGAUAGGUAAGUAAAAGGAGUU